AUGGACCGCCAAGGCUUCUUGUCGUCUUUGCCCUUUCUGAUCCCGUGUCCUUCUGGGGCAUGGCCUCCCCGUCCCUCGUCGUCUUCCAACAGCAACAACAACAACAACAACAACAACAACAACAACAACACGAAGGAACCCACUUCCAAAAUGGAAACCCUCUUGGUGCCAGCCAAUACUACUUACAAAUUCAAGCUCUCGCUGGAGCCUCUGAGUACUAGCGGCCAUGGCGAUGUCAUUAUCCAGCCGUCGUUUUUUGGACGAACAGAGAAUUUCUACGGCAAAAAGGGGUUUGAUCCUGCCAUGGCCGAUAUUCAAGUAGCGGUAGAAUCUUCACUAGGCACAACCGUCAUGACAACAACAACAACAGCCACCAAUGACGGUAGCAGUCAAGAUGAUACUUCGGUGCUCCAAGGACGGGUUCUGUUUGUCGGAAAUACUACCACACAGCAAUCGUCCACACCGGCGUCUUUGCGAAGCACACCCCGUCAUCAUCCACGCGCCACGCCAUCUACCCGAUUAUUCGAGUCAUGGCCGCUCUUUCUCCAUGUGCGUGUCGAUAAAGAAGGAGUUUUCCAAGUGGAUCCCAAGCAAUUGGUGACGACCGAAUUGGUGCUUCACGACCAAAGCAAUAAUAAUAAUCUACCACCCUGUCUCCUCUUGACCUUUUCCACCUGCCUCUGGCGCAUCUUUCCACUCCAUACACCCUCCCCCACCAAACCAGUCUCUUCGGAUUCGGAUAAUACUUCGCGAGACGAAUGGAAACAAGCCGCCGUGGAAUCCCUGCAGACACUCGAAAAAUCGCUCCAUCAACUUCUUCAAAGUGGCACAUCGUCCGCAGCAUGGUCUCCCUGUACCAGCAGCAGUCUCAGCAAUAAUGAAACGGGACAACGCGAUAUUCACACGAGUAGUUCGUCGUCUGCCUCGCACCACAACCACCACAAAAAGUUCAAGGGCGUGCCCAAAACGGAAGCCCUGCAAGACCAUAAUACGGUACGCAAAGUGCGACGACAACGGGAUGCCUUGAAUCGGAGCAUAUUGGGACUGCGAUCCAUGGAAGUCGUGUUGGAGUCCCCCGCUAGUUCGUUUCUUCACAACAACAAUCGCGACAAUAACAACAACAACGACACGUGUGCCGAUUCCUUGGACGCGGCCCAAACUCAAGUCCAAAACACUCGGCAACAACAACAACAACAAUCGUUGGUCCCGCUCCUGGCGGGCAUUACCGAAGAUUUGAGUGCCGCGUUUGGGAACGAUCACGACAAACAAGAAGCCCUCCAGGCAUAUCGACGCAAACUCGACGACACUCGCGAUAUGGAACAAUUGCUCGAUGCCUUUUUUCCACCCAGUGCCAUGGCGAGUGGUGGCAGUCGUCGUCGACGAUCCCGAUCGCGGGGGCGAAAUACCAAUACUGAAGUAGUGGCACAAACAACAAAGCCAGCCGAAGAGGUCAUUCCAGCAGUCCAGCAACUCUUGACCAAGCAACAGGCCUUGAUGAAGGAACGUAGCUCGUUGUUGGCGCUCCCAACGAGAGGAUAG